AUGUUUGCUAAAAUUAAAAAGUCGGUGGUGAAAAACCGUCCAGUAAAAGUCUUGAAACCUAAAUCUGUCCGCACCAAAACCGAGCAAUUAACUAUUACAGAAUCUCUAAAAAAUCGAGUAUUCCCGUAUAUCGUCAACGAUUUUGCUUCGGCUCUUAAAACCUUAAAAGUUGGUGAAAACAUUCGUUUCGGCAAAUUAGGAGUUUUUAAGAAAACCAAGCGGAUCGUGCAAGGCCGUGUCGGCCGACCCCGCAAAACUGCCACUAUAACUGCUAAUUCAGUAAAGAUAGAAAAACCCACCAACGGCCACUUAACCUUACGAGAAAGCAAACGCACCAUCAUUCUCAAAAACCAAAACGAAAAUAAAAAUUUAAUCCCACCCAAUAGUGGAUUUUUUGAUUCCCUAGCGAAAAUGCUGCCCGUUUUAACUCUAACCUUUGAACAAUUUACCGGCAAAUCCAUUCCCCAAAUGAGCGGCACCAUGGGCGAGAUGGCGGCGGCUUUAAUCCAAAUUCAGCAGACGCAACAAACUAUUUUACAAAAGAUCACCGACCUAGAAAAAAAUUGUGCCGAACAAUUUAUCCACCAAGAACAGCAAUUAACUUCCUUACAAAAAGUCAGUGCCUUAGUCAGCACGGAAAAAACCAAGUCCAUUCAUUUUGCCAGUCCCAAUAAGAGCGAAAUCAUUAACGAAUAA